AUGGCCCUGAAACGGGCCCUGGCCACUCAUGGGCCCUAUGUGGUGGGCCAGAUCCUGAGCCUGAAGUUCGUGGACACUGUGUAUGAGGCCAGUGUUCUCUGGGGUGAUGCCUUCUGGAAGCACAUCCUGGACCUGGAAGAAGAGCAGAGCAUGGACGUGAUCCUGGUGGGCUCCAGUGAGCUGUCAUGUCCCCCAUCACCCCAGCAUAGCAGAGAUCUUAUUGUGUAUGAAGUCAGGGUUAAGCAGCGACCCAUAGAAGACAUCUGCAUCUGCUGCGGGAGUUUCCAGGUCUGGACGGAGCACCCUCUGUUUGAGGGAGGAAUGUGUGUGCCAUGUAAGGACAAGUUCCUAGAAUCUCUCUUCUUAUAUGAUGAUGAUGGGUACCAGUCCUACUGCUCCAUUUGCUGUUCGGGUGAGAUGCUGCUCAUCUGUGAAAACCCUGACUGCACCAGAUGCUACUGUUUCGAGUGUGUUGAUACACUGGUCAGCCCUGGGACCUCAGGGAGAGUUCACGCCAUGAGUAACUGGGUGUGCUUCCUAUGCCUGCCCUUCCCCAGCAAUGGACUGCUGCAGAGAAGGAAGAAGUGGCGGGCACGGCUGAAGGCCUUCCAUGACCAGGAGGCUACGAGUCCUUUUGAAAUGUAUAAGACUGUGCCUGCAUGGAAGAGAAAGCCUGUCCGGGUGCUGUCCCUUUUUGGAGACAUCCAGGAAGAGCUGGUGAGCUUAGGCUUUUUGGAAGGUGGUUCUGUUCAUGGACAACUGAAGCACCUGGAUGAUGUUACCAACAUAGUGAGGAGGGAUGUAGAAGAGUGGGGUCCUUUCAACCUCAUGUAUGGCUCAACACCACCACUUGGCCACACCUUUGAACGGCCUCCUGGGUGGUACCUAUUCCAGUUCCACCGUGUGCUACAGUAUGCACGGCCCAGGCUGGGCAGUGGACAGCCCUUCUUCUGGAUGUUUGUGGACAACCUGGUGCUGACUGCAGAUGACCGUGUUGUGGCGACCCGCUUCUUGGAGACUGAUACCGUGACCAUUCAGGACGUCUGCAACAGAGUCACCCGGAAUGCUGUGCACGUGUGGAGCAACAUUCCAGCUGUGAGGAGCAAGGACUCAGCUCUGGCUGCUGAAGAGGAAUUGUCCCUGCUGGUUCAGGACAAGCCCAGAGCCAGGCUUCCUGCCUUGAGCCCCGCUGCGCUGGUGAAAAACUGCUUUUUCCCCCUCCGAGAAUAUUUUAAGUAUUUUUCAACAAACUCACUUCCUCUCUAUAAAUGA